AUGGACGUCCACAAUGCAUUCUUACAUGGAGACCUUGAUGAGGAAGUUUACAUGACACCACCUCCUGGUUUUAUUCAGUCUCAGGCCGAUCAUUCUCUUUUUACAUUGACCACUGCUACCAGCAUCACCAUUGUUCUUGUUUAUGUUGAUGACAUUUUGGUUGUCAGCAAUGAUCUUUCUCAGGUUAUCUAUUUCAAAUCUGUUAUUUCCACGCACUUCAAAACCAAGGAUCUUGGCCCUCUCAAAUAUUUCCUUGGCCUUGAAGUUGCUCGAUCCCCUUCAGGCAUCUUUCUCAAUCAACGAAAAUAUGCCCUGGACAUCCUUGCCGAUAGCGGUCUUCUUGGUUCGCGACCUGCUUCCUUUCCUAUGGAACAAAACUUGAAACUCAACGACACUAAUGGUGAUCUUCUUCCUGAUCCAGGCUCCUACCGACGAUUAGUUGGACGACUCAUUUAUCUCACCAUCACCAGACCUAAUAUUGUUUUUGCAGUGAACAUUCUUAGCCAAUUCAUGCAUGCCCCCCGACUUCCGCACAUGACAGCUGCCAUUCGUGUUCUUCGCUACAUUAAAGGCACUUCGGGUCAAGGCAUUUUUUUCCCUUCCUCCAAUGAUUUGCAUGUUCGUGCUUAUACUGAUUCUGAUUGGGCUAGUUGUCCUACCACUCGCCGCUCCACUACUGGUUUCUUCAUCACUCUUGGUUCUAGUACCAUUUCCUGGCGUACUAAGAAACAAACCACGGUUGCUCGCUCUUCUACGGAAGCUGAAUAUCGAGCCAUGGCCGUCACCACAUGUGAACUCGUUUGGCUUCAGCAGCUUCUUCAUGACCUUGGCAUCUCUCACACCGACCCCAUGAUUCUCUAUUGUGACAAUCAGUCUGCCCUUCACAUUGCUCAAAAUCCAGUUUUUCAUGAGCGCACAAAGCAUAUUGAAAUUGACUGCCACAUUGUUCGUGACAAACUGCGUUCGGGUCUCUUUACCACCGCUCACCUUCCCUCUUCUGAGCAAAUUGCCGACAUCUUCACCAAAACCUUGGGAUCCUUAACAUGA